AAAUGGCUGCUCAUCACCCACGUGAAAGUCAAUGGCCGAAAAAAGAAUUACCAGAGGCACGAAAAAUUAUGAAGCAAAUAGGAGCUCAAAUUCCAAGAAUUGUCGAAUCAAUUCAGGUUGACUGGUCGGCGCUCGGCAGAGUUGUUGCUGAAGAAGUAAAAUCGUCAGAAGAUAUGCCACCGGUCGCAGCCUCAACAAAGGAUGGAUAUGCCGUUAUUGCACACGAUGGAAUUGGGCUCAAGAAAAUGGUGGGAGUUUCGCUGGCUGGAAAUAUAUAUCAAGGAGCAGUGGAAAUUGGCAAAUGUGUGCGUAUCAGUACGGGUGGAAUCAUACCAGAAGGUGCUGAUGCUGUCAUCAUGCGCGAAUACACCGAGCUUGUAAGACAGGACCAGCAAAGCGAGGAAACGGAAAUUAUUUGCAAACAAGCUGUCCAAGUUGGAGAAAAUAUCAGGCUCCCUGGCUCUGAUGUUCGUUCUAGCGAUGUGAUAGUUCCAUUUGAAGCCCAGAUUGGCUCAGCUGAGUUUGGUAUUCUCAAUGCAUUUGGUAUCAGGACAAUCAAGGUAUACAAGAAGCCUGUAGUAACCGUGAUCUCUACUGGAAGUGAGCUCGUCUCUCCCAUGGUAGAAAAUGUUCCAUUGGGAAUGGUACGCGACUCAAAUGCUCCCCAACUCGUUGCUCUGUUCAAAGAACACGGAUUCAAUGUUAUUGAUGGUGGCAGAGUGGUUGAUGAUAAAGAAGGACUUGACAAGAAACUGACGGAGUGUCUCGAACAUUCGGAUGUGAUUGUGACCACUGGUGGAGUUAGUAUGGGAGAGCAGGAUUAUAUGAAAAAUGCAUUGUUACAUCUGGGGUUCAAAAUCGAAUUCGGCCGUGUGAGCAUGAAACCUGGGCUCCCAUGCACUGUGGCUACCCGUGAAUCUGCAUCCGAAAGAAAGCUAAAAGUGGUGCUGGCUCUUCCCGGAAACCCAGCUUCGGCAUGGGUCUGUUCCCAUUUAUUUGCGGUCCCGCUUAUCCGUGACAUGUCUGGAUACCGACGUAUAAAUCACACGAAAAUCAACGUUCGCAUCGCCCAAGAUAUCAAAUUGGGGGAUCGUCCUGAGUUUGUUCGAGCGUUUAUCGAGCAAGUUGGCGACGAAGAUGACGGUCAUCCAAUUGCACAUGUUACUAAAAACCAGAUUUCUUCUAAUAUUGGAAACUUGGUUGGAGCACAAGUGCUUUUGGAGUUGAACGCAGCGUCUGCCGAUAAAACAGUUGUUCCUAAAAAUGGAUUGGUGAAGGCUUUGAUUUUGUCUUCAAAUGGAAACUUUUAGAUGAUUAUCAUAAUUUAUUGUGAUUACUUAUACAUAUUGAUUUUUUAAGACACCUUUAUUUGUAUUAUUGAUUUGAUUUCAGAUAACUGUGAUAAAUGCAUUUUUCUUUC